AUGUUUGAAGGUGGUGCAAAUCCUAUGGUAGCGGAUGACUACAUGGAGCAAGUUGAAACUCAAUUAACUUCUAUGAAUGUGACGGAGGAUCACUUGAAAAUUAUCCUAGCCACUUACAAGUUCACAAAGGAUGCCAAGUUUUGGUGGAAAUUGAUAACAAAUCAAUAUAAAGUUGAAGAGGUGAGUAGGGAUAAAUUCAAGGAGCUGUUCUAUAAGAAAUAUUUCCCUGCCUCCAAUAAGUGGGAGUUAAAGAAUCAGUUUAUUAGCCUUAUCCAAGGCAAUAUGCCAGUGACAGAAUAUGAGAACAAGUUCACGUCUCUUUCCCGCUUUGCUCCAGAGAUGGUGAGUAAUGAAGUUGAUAAGGUUCAGAAGUUUAUCUCCGGACUUGACUACAAAAUGAGGCCGUUGUUAAUAGCACAGGGCAUCAAGUUUUAUUCUGAGGCAGUGGAAAAGGCAUUAAUGUUAGAGGUGGAGGCCAAAGAUAAAGAAGCAAGAAGGGAACAGUGGAGGUAA